GCCUCCUCCCUGCUUGUCUCGCUCGCAUCGUUUCUCGGAGCGCGGCACUCUGGUGGAGCGAAGCCUGAGCGCACUAUGGCCGCCUUGUAGAAGCACUCUGCGCACGGCUGCCACUCUACUCUUUGCCUGGGACGCAGCCAUCGGGCCGGCGCGGCGGGUGUGGGUGAGCGGCCUGCCUGCCUCUCUGGUGACGACGCCAAUGAUCGACGACGCUGGGCCGCAGACGCGCCGGCCGUGCAUGCCUUGCCCAUCGGCGAGCACCGCAGCAACGAACUUCGUCCAUCCAUCUCCUCACGCUUGUCCACACUCCUCUUCUCAUACACCUCGCUUGCCGCACGGUGCGACGGCCUCUCCGCUCUGUCACUGCAGACACCUCUGCUCCGGCGGCUUGCUGCGCACGGUGCAGAGAUUCAGCAGCCCACCCGCAUCGCGCUUGCGCACACACACGCAAGCUCCGCUGUCGCUCUCCCGCGGAGCACGUUCAGCUCUCUCUGCUCGGUUGGGCCACCCCAGAAGCUGCUCUCCGUCGGUGCUACUCCGAGCUGCUUCGGGCAGCACAGCUGCAGGCGCUGUGGCAGCGCAUGUGCUUGGCCAUGCUCGGGCCGCAGCAGCGUGGCUACGGCCAUGCCCGCUGCCGGUGCGGACGUCGAGUGCCGAGUGGGACGCUCAGGCGUCUCCCGCGUGGGCAUGGCGCGGCGAAGGAGCACUGUGCGACGGCGCGACGGUGAGCAUGCAGUGUGUCAGCCAGGCUGCGAGACCGCUUCUGUCGGCGCCGCCGCUCCUUGUAUGUGCAUGCGCUCGAUGGGCAGCCGGCGCGAGGCUGCAGCACGAGAGCAUCUACCGCCAUCGCGAAACGGAGGGCAUGCAUGCCGCACGCGAGCACGGGCAGCGAGCAUGCAUGCUGCAGCGCCACGAGCAAGAGCAUCGAGCGCGGGACUGGGUCGCCAGUGGCUGCGCCUCGGUCAGGAUGCAGCGGUGCCCGGCGCUGCAGCAGUGACGAGGCAAUGCUGAUGUGUGUACUCUGCUCUGCCGCCAUCGUGUGAAUGUGCUGUGUCCUGCGCCCUGUGGGUGCCUCGAAGACCA